AUGGAUAUAGUGGAUUCGAUGAAUGCAACCAGAAGUAUAUGGAGCAAGACUUUAAACUGUUGCAAGAUACGUAUCUCACCUGAAGUUGUAUUUUUGUGCAGUGCUGGGUUAAUAUCAUUUUUACCUAUAAUAUUUUAUUUGUCAGUAAGAUUUUGUGGACCAAUUAGGGAUUUGCCUAGAGUUUUAAAACAAUCAAGGAUAAAACAAACAAUAUUGAGAUCAGUGCAAACUAGAGAUGAU